AUGGACAUUGACAAUCUGGGUCCCGGAUCAAAUCAGUCAAAUCGUACCAAGCAUAUCGUCACGCCUGGUCAAGUGGUCACAUCAGAUCCUCAAUGGAUGCGUGGUCACGGCACCUUUUCCGCUUCCGCUGCGGUUGCUCCAGAUGAAAACCCCUCCGUCAUCCGCUCGACUCUUGCUGGCACUCUACAGAAGACGAACAAGCUUCUCUCAGUUGCACCGCUUCGUGCUCGAUAUACGCCUGAGAUCGGUGAUCUCGUCGUUGGUCGCAUCGUGGAAGUGCAAUCGCGCCGAUGGAAAGUUGAUGUCGCUGCACCGCUGCUUGCGAAUCUUCUACUGAGUAGUAUCAACUUGCCUGGCGGUAUCCUCCGUAAGCGCACGACUGUAGACGAGCUCCAGAUUCGAGGCUUCUUUGCCGAGGGUGAUCUUCUCGUGGCGGAAGUACAGAGUUUAUUCCAAGACGGCUCAGCGAGUUUACACACACGUUCCCUGAAGUACGGCAAAUUACGAAACGGUUACUUCAUGGCUGUCGCUGGCGUUGGUGGUGGUGCGGGAGUUGUUCGUGCGAAGCGACAAAUUUUCUCGCUACCACCUGCCGCGCCUGGCGCAGGUGAAGUCGACGUCAUUCUCGGCGUCAACGGUUACAUCUGGAUCUCUGCAGCGCAGAAGAAAGCCGAGGGAGGUGCCUCCAUCGACCUGGCAGGCUCUUCCUCAGAUGUGGUUGGCCUCAACCGUCUAGAAGAGCUUGCGAGUGCCGCAAUGUAUUCCAGUCAGAACGAUGAGAUCUCUGCACCAACACGUCGAGGCAUCUCACGAGUUGCCGGAUGCAUUCGCGCGCUCAUUGCUGGCAAGGUCAAAGUCGAAGAAGAUACUGUAAGGAGAGCACUCGAAGCCAGUCUGGAAUUGGAUGAGUUAGAGGGUGAGACAGAGUACCUUGACGGCGACCGUGCCGACGCGAUUGUGCAGGCUGUCCUUGCUAGCGGGUGA